AUGUUUACCAUGUUCACCAUCUUAGUUUGCUGCCAUCUGAAAUCCCCUUAUCUCUCUGCUCUCUGUUGUGCUCUGUUUCACUCUCUCACAGCUCUGUUAGAGGUUAUACUGGCCGGCAGAGACUGCUUGGUGGCUGGAGACUCAUGUUCAAGUGAUGAGACUUGUAGCCCACGUCUGCGGACUUUGCGCCAGUGUGUUGCGGGCAACGGCAGCAUGAAGCUGGGCCCUGGUGCCAGGAGCCAGUGUGCCAACGCAGUGUCUGCCCUUCUGUCCAGCCCCUUACAUGGCUGCCAGUGUAAACGGGGCAUGAAGAAGGAGAAGAACUGCUUGAGCAUCUACUGGAGCCUUCAUCAGUCCAUCAUACAUGGACUCAACCUGGUGGAGAGUUAUCCUUACGAGACAGUGCAGAGGGAUUAUGACUAUGUCCGCUUGGCCUCUAUUACAGCUGAUUCUGAUGUUGGCAUGACAACUGUGAAUCGCUGCCUGGAUGCAGCCAAGGCUUGCAAUGUGGACGACUUGUGCCAGAAGCUCCGCACAGAAUAUGUCUCAGCUUGUAUCAAACCCACUGCCAAGUCCGGACUGUGCAACCGACCUAAAUGCAAUAAGGCUCUUCGCAGGUUCUUUGACCGCGUCCCUGCCGACUACACACAUGAGCUGCUCUUUUGCCCCUGUACGGACACAGCAUGCGCAGAACGUCGAAGGCAGACCAUUGUACCAAGCUGCUCUUAUGAAAGCGUGGAAAAACCCAGCUGCAUUACACAGAUGCGGAUCUGUGAGGCCGACUACGUGUGCAGGUCUCGCCUGGCACAGUUUCAAUACGACUGUGAACCCUCCGAAAUGUCUGCCAGUGGCUGCAAGCAAAGGAACUAUGGAGCAUGUCUCCUUGCCUACACAGGGCUCAUAGGAAGUACAAUAACUCCCAACUAUGUCAACAACUCCACAUCGAGCGUGGCUCCAUGGUGCUCCUGCUCAGCCAGUGGGAGCCGGAGGAAGGAGUGUGAUGAUUUCCUGGGAUACUUCACUGACAACAUCUGUCUCCGGAACGCUCUUAUGGCGUUUGGAAGCGAACCAGACCAGCAGCCGACUCUCAGCCAGUCCAGUACACCCAGUCCCGACCACAGCAGCAGAGAAAACAAGAGCAGUACUUCCCAACCAGAAAACCUAGAAACUAUGCGGAACAUCAUGGAUACAAUAAUACCAACACAGGCCAUGGGAAAUGAACUACUAGUGGGCCAGUCCACCCUGCCUACCAACAGCCUCCCAAAGUCUGCUUCACCUCCCAGUCUAAUGCUUCAAGCUGCCUUCAGCCUUCUGUCGUUGCUCCUUCAUCUGCUCAACAAUGGACACUAAAGACUGCAGGGGAGCGUACUGAGGACCCUCCUAGUACAAAGCAGAUGGGAGGACCAGUGCAGUUCAGAGGAAAAUGGACCGUUUGGCAUAGUCCUCCUUCUAAAUAUGUACAGCAAUUCUAUUUUUUUUUGUUUUUUUUUUCUAUUUUUGUGUCUAAGUGGUCCAGUUCCACCUGCCAGUGUUCUCGCUCAGAGUGUGGGAGACUGUUGCAAACUGAAGCCAGUCUGUACAUUUGUACAUUGUUGUUGCAAUCAAGUCAAGCCAAAAUGAAGUCAAAGUAUUGCUUUUGUGGACUAACCCAGCUCUCAGCUAUCCAACAGUAUCUAUUUUCAAGAGUUAAUAUGAAAUUAUAACACAGAUAUGUACAGUAUGAUACAAAGACAUGAAGUAUACCAGUACCUGUGAAAAUUUGUAUUAUCAACAGAAGCUCUUAUUUGAAAUAUUGUGAGGAAAAAACAUGGAGAGAACCAGAGAACUUUGCGUCCGGUCUGUACACAGAAUGAUUUGAAAGCUGCUGGAGUAUAUGGGGCUUUAAUACCACUCUCCUCAAGUGACUGAAAGAGGACUAUUAUUUCUGAUCAAUACUGGAAUUGAAGAGAGACAGAGAGACAAUAGAGCUACAUUUUGCUCAGACAUCCUGGACAAACACCCUGAUUCUAAAACGUCCAGCAGUACUAUCUAGAAGAGAUGUGGCAAAGCAGGGUACAUAAGGAAAACCCUGACAUUAUAAUUGUACUCGCCAUCAAGACUGUUGCCCUUUGUCACAUCACUUUAUUUGUUAUUGCUAAAGCUACAGUAACUGUUCAUAGAAAAUAAGUCCUUGGUCUUAAAAGGAAAUUAUCAGCAAAGACUAGUCCCUGGACUUGAAAGGAAAUAAUCAGAAAAGCAGAAACUCUUUACCUGUGGCUGCUGUACUAUGUGUUUGUGAGCAUUAUACCCUUUUAUUUCUCAUUGUAUCCGUGAACAUUGCUAUACGGGGUUCUGAGUUUUUGUGCCAGAGGGAAAAAAGUGAAUAGUUUGACUUAUUAAGCUUCGCCAAUAUCGGCACGGAGCUUGUUUUGAGAUUAGACAGUUAUGAAUGAUUCAGUAUUUUCUGUUCUGGGAACGUGCCGUUGAAUUGUUAACAGGACCAGAAGUGCUGCAAAUAAAAGUUCUCAGAUCAAUGUUUACACAUUAGCAUCGUUCAACCUUUUUAAAUGGCAAAUGCUUUGUUUGGUGCUGCUGAGGGGAACACUUGUUAAGUCUUUUUGGGAGACAGAAACAUUGCAACUGAAUACAUGUUUACCUAAACUAACACUCACAUGACUUCAGGAAGUACUUUGGUGUUCUUUAUUUGAAGUGAGAAUAUAACAGCGUUAUAGAGCCAUUUGUGACGUAAAGAUGUGCUUUCAAACUGAUCUGUCUUACUAAAAGCUCACCUGCUGCUUCACCUCAGAGUGACUGUAUUUGUCUGGACAUUAAAUAAAGUAAACGUAUAAAAGUAUACGUUUAAUUUUUAAUGUAUCCAUUAGCAGACAGCUUUAACUAUUUCUAGGACUACUUUUACUCGGCAGCACAUAUAGACAGAAGGCUGC